AUGAGAAUUUGCAAGAUAUAUAUACUUUCUAAACUUUAUAAUGUUAUUAUUUUUGCUGCCUUCUAUCUGCUGUUAUUAAAUUUGUUUAUUGUAUCAGAAAAUGAUGGAAGCGAAAAAUUAUUAUUGAGCCAAAGAUGGGAGAGAAAUUUAGGUGAGUUAAUUCCAACUAUAAGAAAAUUUUUUUUGAAAGACACCGAUAUAGGUAAAGACAAAACAGUAAAACUUCAUUUAAGAACUAUUCUAAAACAUGAAAAACAUGAAAAGGAUGGAAAGAUUGAAAAGCAUGGAGAGCAUGAAAAAGAUGAAAAGCAUGGAAAGCAUGAAAAGGAUGAAAAACAUGAAAAGGAUGAAAAGCUUGAAAAGCAUGCAGAACAUGAAAAAGACGAAAAGCAUGGAGAGCAUGAAAAAAACGAAAAACAUGGAAAGCAUGAAAAACAUGAAAAGAAUGAAAAGCUUGAAAAACAUGAAAAGAAUGAAAAGCUUGAAAAACAUGGAAAGCAUGAAAAACAUGAAAAGGAUGAAAAAAAGCUUGAAAAACAUGGAGAGCAUGAAAAAGACGAAAAACAUGGAAAGCAUGAAAAACAUGAAAAGGAUGGAAAGAUUGAAAAGCAUGGAGAGCAUGAAAAAGACGAAAAGCAUGGAAAGCAUGAAAAACAUGAAAAGGAUGGAAAGAUUGAAAAGCUUGAAAAACAUGAUAAAGAUGAAAAGCUUGAAAAACAUGCAGAGCAUGAAAAGCUUGAAAAACAUGGAAAGCAUGAAAAACAUGGAAAGCAUGAAAAACAUGAAAAAGACGAAAAACAUGAAGAACAUGAAAAACAUGAAAAAGAAGAUAAAUAUGGUAACAAGAAUGAAAUCCCUGUUAUACAUGAUGUACCAACUGACAUAUGUAAUCAUAUUGAUGCAGCUGGUACAAAUUUAACUCAGACACAAAUACAAGAUAUGUAUUCAAAGUUAGAUGAUUAUCAGAGAAGACAUUAUCUUAAAAUGAUAGAUGAUUUAUAUAAUUUUACUUUAACGUAUGCAAAAAAUAAUAAAAUCUCAGAAGACUAUAGAUCUAAACAUUGGUGGGAAUGCAGAAAUAUUCUUAUAUGUAACUUAAUGAAAUUGCAUAGAACAGAUGAAGAGAAUUUUAUAAUUUUUCAAAGAAAAGAAUUUAUUUCAGCAGAAGAAUUUAAAAAAUUUAUAAUGGAUAAAAUAAAAUUAUGGGAAGACUUUACCUCCAGAAAGAAAAAAAUGUGGAUGGGUAUUUUAAAAGGUCAACUAAAGAAGUACUAA